CGGCAUUACACGUUGUGCUCCCGACUACGCUGCUCGCCUCGCUCCAAGGUACUUUGCUGAUCGAACUAAUUAACUACGAAUAAAAAUGUCGAUCUCCGAAUUCAGACGGAAGAAGCUGCUCUACGUUUUCAACGUGUUCUUCGAUGUUAACCAGAGUGGAACUAUCGAAAGGAAAGAUUUCGAAAUUGCCAUUGAAAAAGUGUGCAGCCUUCGAGGAUGGAAGCCUGGAGAUGCUAAGCAUACUGAGACUCAUGAAAUAAUGAUCAAGAUCUGGGAUGGCUUAAGGAAGAGGGCUGAUUCCAACAAAGAUGGACAGGUGUCCGUGGACGAAUGGGUCUCCAUGUGGAAUGACUACGCACUGAACCCAUCUGCUGCACUCAAGUGGCAGCAGCUGUACUGCCAUUUCAUGUUCCAGCUGGAAGACGCCAGCGCUGAUGGCUCCAUUGAUUGUGACGAAUUCACCACCGUCUGCUCCUCCUACGGUAUCGAUCCUAAGGAGUGUAAGAUGGCUUUCACUAAGAUGGCCAAGGGCAAGGCAAAUGUGUCAUGGGAAGAAUUCCAAGAAUUGUGGAAGGAAUACUUCUCUACCGAGGAUCCGAAUGCGGCUGGCAAUUUCAUAUUUGGCCGGACCAGCUUCUAAUUCAACGCCGUCGAUCUCCCUUUUGGGUCCAUGUUGUGCGUAACAAAGAUACCGUCUCAUAUGUCUCUCAUUCUAUGAUAUUUCUCUGUAUCGGCUUACGAGAUAUUUUGUGAAUGCGACGGAUGAUGUUAUAGUCAGAUUUUGAAUGUAACAAUUUUAUCUCUGUACGAUAACAAAGAUUGCAUUAGUGUAAAAGUACAUUUUUAAAUGUCUCCGUGUUAAAUUUUUCUUCAUUGUAGUAAAUCAAUAUAACUUUAAACUUUGAAUCAAUUUUAAAAACUUUUCAAGCUCAAACUUUUCCUAUAAAUUCUGUAUUAGAAAAUGCGCUACAACGAACGAAUUGUUCCCUUUCUAUAUUUAUCAUAUCUCUAGUCAUAUUUAGAUGUACAUCUGAACAUUCCAUUUUUAAUUUGUGGUACAUUAAUAUUUCUUUGUAAAAUUAAUUUAAAAUUAAAAUUAUUUUAAUUUUUGUGACCAAAAACAACUGCCAGAUUAUCGUUAAUCUUAUUGUCAGUUUAAUCUAGUC